CUUAAUCACUGCACCACCAAGGAAGUCCAGGAUGACAUUUUAAAAGUGAAAACUAGGACAUCUCUCUCCUACUAUUACCUUGAAUGGCAUCCUGUUACUAUUAGUAUAAUAUCCAAAUUCCUUCCAGGGUCUCCUACACGUGAGCAUUUCCUGACUACUGCCUACAUUUUUGUUUACUUCUUUGUAUAAAAAUGUUUGAAGUAUAACAUAGUUAAUUUUUACAAUCAGCACACUGUAUAACGAGCAUUUAGAUCAAGAAUACCAGUGUACUGUGCCGGUUGCCAUUGUGUGAAUAUACAACAAUUUAUUCAUUCUGCAUUUAGGCCUUUAUGAGUAAUCCUCCUAUAUGGUUUUAUGUAAAUGUCUCCCUUUAUUUUAUUUUCUUUUUUUUUUGAAAAUAUUUAUUUCUAAAUGGUUUAGACUUAAUGUGAAAUCCCAAGAUUAUACACAAAUUUUAUGCACAUUGUUUUUGCAGAUUUCCUUAAGUGAUAAUUUUACCACAUUUGCUUUAUCAUAGUCUAUCUAUCUGUCAUUACACACACACACACCACACACACACACACACACACACACACACACACACACACACAGAGGUACAUAUUGUUUUCCUGAACUCUUUACCCCUAAAUACUUAAGUGUGUGUUUCCUAGAAACAAGGUCAUUUAAAAAAUAUAAACAGAAUACAGUUAUCAAAAUCAGAAUAUUAAUAUUGAUACAGAACUAUUAUCCAAUCUACAGAGUUUAUUCAGAUUCUACUGAUUGUCUCACUAAUAUUUUUUAUAGUAAAUGAAAAAAACCCUUCUUUUGCUGUCUUGCUCAUUCUGCCGUGGGUACUCUGGCUUUAAUCUAGACGUCAGAGCUUGCUAAUUAUAACUCAACUUCUUUAGGCAAGAAACUAUAUGGAUGCAACAAAAGUGCAGUGAAUACUUGUAAACCACUCAUGACCAUGCCUUGGAGAACUCAUGCAGGAAAGAAAUCCCAUGAAUGCUGUGAUUGUAAGAGAGCCUUUCCCAGUAAGUUAAAGCUAAUUACUCAUCAGGAAACUCACACAGGAGAGAAACCAUAUGGAUGCAAUCAACGUCAGAAAGUCUUCAUUACAAAGUCAGUGCUCACCUAUCAUCAGAAGACCCGUCACAGAGAAGGGAAGUCCUAUGGAUGCAGCAAAUGUGGGAAUACUUUCCCUUGGAAGUCAAAACAACUCACUUUACAUCAGAGAACUUAUUCAGGAGAGAGACCUUUCAGAUGCAGAGUAUGUGAUAAAGCCUUCAUGGUUAGGACACAUCUCACUGUACAUCAGAGAACUCACACAGGAGAGAAACCAUACGAAUGCUCAGAUUGUGAGAAAGCCUUCUCAAAAAAGUCUCAGCUCCUGAUUCAUCAGCGAAUUCACACAGGAGAGAGACCAUUUGGAUGUAGUCAAUGUCAGAAAUCCUUCGUUACAAAGUCAGCACUAAUCUAUCAUCAGAAAACCCGUCACAGAGAAGGGAAAUCCUAUGGAUGCAACAAAUGUGGGAAAACUUUUCCUUGGAGGUCAAAACUCAUUUUACAUCAGAGGACUCAUUCAGGAGAGAGACCUUUCAGAUGCAGAGUAUGUGAUAAAGCCUUCAUGGUUAGGACACAUCUCACUGUACAUCAGAGAACUCACACAGGAGAGAAACCAUACGAAUGCUUAGAUUGUGAGAAAGCCUUCUCAAAAAAGGCUCAGCUCCUGAUUCAUCAGCGAAUUCACACAGGAGAGAGACCAUAUGGAUGCAGUGAAUGUCCACAAGCCUUCAUCCAGAAGUCAGAUCUCAGUAAUCAUAAGAAAACUCAUCAUGCAGUAGGGAAAUCCCAUGAAUGCAGUGAAUGUGGGAAGGUUUUGUCCUCUAAGUCAACUCUCAUUAUACAUCGGAGAAGCCAUACAGGUGAGAAACCCUUCAAAUGCAGUGCAUGUGAUAAAGCCUUCACAUCAAAGGCACAUCUCAUUGUACAUGAGAGAAUUCAUACAGGAGAGAGACCGUAUGAAUGCUUAAAUUGUGAGAAAGCCUUCUCCACUAAGGCACAUCUCAUGAUUCAUCAGCGAAUUCACACAGGAGAGAGGCCUUAUGGAUGUAAUGAAUGUCAACAAGCUUUCACCCAGAAGUCAGGUCUCACUAACCAUCUACAAAAUUGUCAUGCUGGAGUAAAAUCGUAUGGAUGCAGUGAAUGUGGGAAGGUUCUGUCCUGUAAGUCAACUCUCAUUAUACAUCAGAGAACCCAUACAGGUGAGAAACCGUUCAAAUGUAGUGUAUGUGACAAAGCUUUCGCAGCUAAAUCGUAUCUUACUGUACAUCAGAGAAUUCAUACAGGAGAGAGACCAUAUGAAUGCUGCAAUUGUAAGAAAGCGUUUGCUACUUUGUCAACUCUCAUUGGUCACCGGAGAACUCACACAGGAGAGAGACCCUAUGGGUGCAUUGAAUGUCAGAAAGCCUUCUUUCGGAAAUCAGCUCUUGCUAAUCAUCAGCGAACUCAGCAUAGAGGAAAAUCCUCUAUGCAAUGACUGUGGGAAUGUGAGAAAGCUCUUUUGAUUAAUCUUAUCUACUCAGAGAACUCAUACAGAAUAGAAAUGCCUAUGAAGUCUCUGAUUAUAUAGACUCUUUUGGAACUCUUGUAGGAAAGAAACCUUAUAUAUGGAAUGAAAGUUGUACCUCUUCCAUCUGAAGACAUCUCCUCAUUAUACCUUAGGGAAUCUCACCAAAAAAGAAACAUUAUAAAGGCAGCAGUUGUCAAAAGACUUUAUUUGAAAGUCACAGCCUAUGCAUUUAGGAGGCAAAAACCUAUGGAUGCAGGGAAAGUGGGAAAUUAUUCUUUUUCAAGUCUUAUUUGUUAGACAUUAUGGUAUUCAUUCAGGAGAGGGACCCUACAGUUGCAGUGAAUGCAGCCAAGCUAAGAAAAAUUACAUCUCAUUGUACAUAAAAAUAGAAAUUUCAGGAAUGUUGUGAUAAUGAGAGUAUUCCCUAGAAAGUCAAAACUCUUUGAACAUCUUGUACAGGAGAUGAACAUCUUGUACAGGAGAGAGAUCCGGUAGGUGCAGUGAAUGUGGUAGUCUUAAUGCAUAUCUUCCGAUAAUGCAUAUCUUCCUUACAUCAACAAACCCAGAUAGGAGGAAAGCCUUGUUAAUGUAGUAAAUGUAGUACAUCCUUCAUAUAGAUGUCAAAGCUCACUAAUCAUCCACAGAUUCAUAUAAUAGAUAAAUCUUUUUGAAACAAGGAAUGUGGAAAGCUUUUGAAAGUGACAUAUUAAACACCAGUUACUUAAUUCAGGAGAGAAUCCAGUAGAUAUAGUUAAAGUCUGCCUUUGGCCACAAAAGGGUACGAAUUACAGUGAUUGUCAAAAUGCUUUAUUUACAAUUCAGAACUCCUUAAUUGCCCACUAACUCAUAUAGCAGAAAGACCCUGUUCUCAGGGGGAUAAUUUCUGGAUUCAAUGAAGUUAUAAAAUCCUUAAGGAAUCAUAUUUCUAUUCUACUCCAGUAAACUUCUACUUCAGUAAACUCAUACAUUACAGAAAAACUGUGAUUAUAGUCACUGAAAAUGCUUCCUAUGGAGGAUUGGCUAUCAUUAAGCACCAUGAGCUCUUGAAAAUAGAAACAAUUUGCUCUACACAGAGACUUUAUGAAUGCGGCAAAAGCAUCAGUGAUAAAUUAUAUUUUAUUUUUGCAUUUCAUGAUUUUAUUUCUUCACAUCUGACUGUAUCUUAAACUGUGAUGCAUGUUACAGUUGAUGGAAUGUCAUCAUUUCAUUGUUAGGGCUUUUCUACAUUUGGUGGCAUUCUAGAUUUGAGUAAUUAAGUAAAACCUGGGAACUCUAGAAUGAAAUAAUUUUCUAAGGGUUUAAUAUAAUUGUUUUAGAAAGGAUUCCAGAGAAUAUUCUACUACAAAUAUUAGGUAUUUUCACUGCAAACACAAUGCUGUUUGAAUAUAGAAAAAAAUCAGAACAUAAGGAUCAGUUGGAUUUCGACCAAGGUUUGUAAGGGUUACGUUGUAGACUAUAUACUACAUAAAAUGGACUUUAUGUAUUUAAUUUUAUUUUUAUUUUUGGAAUUAUGUGAAGAAUGUAAUUUUUAGGGUUUAAUAAAUUUCCAGCAUAGGCAUAGAAUGUUGAGUAAUAUAAUCUAAUAUAAAUAGAAAUGUUCUAUUUCCUUAUAAAUCAAAAUUUAAUAUGUAAUUUGACUCAUUAAUAAGUCUAAAGAAUUACACCACAUAAGUUUGUUGUCCUUAUUUUUACUGUCUUUUGUAGUAUUUCUGCCAACUGUGAUGAUACAUCACUUCUUGAAGCCUACAUUUUUCUAGAGCCUUAUUUUUGAAAUAUCCAAAGAUGAUAAAAGAUGUACAUAAAAUACUAAAAAACAAGCAGCACAUGAGACUGAAGGAGGGAAGAAGACAGGGUUAUGUGUGGUGAGCUCAAGUGCAUGUAUUUCCACUGCUGUGUCUAACAGGAACUUUGGAAUCGUUAUUAUAACAUGUCCUUGGGCACUACAAACAUUUCCUUUCCUCUUAGCGUUUCCUAAAAUGCCUGGUAUUUUUCUAAUAUUAAGAAUAACAUUGCAGAAAUUGGAACUCUUGCACAUUGCUGGCAUGUAAAAUGGUUCCAUUGCUAUGGAAAAAAAAGUUGGUAGUCCCUCUAAAAAGUUAAAUAUAGAAUUACUAUAUGACCCAGGAAUUCCACUCUUGGGUAUAUACCCAAGGAAAUUGAAAACAGGUACUUAAAUACUUGCAUAAGGUUAUUCAUAGCAGCACUAUUCACAAUAGCCAGAAGGUGGAAACAACCCAGAUGCCCAGCAGUGGGUUACUGGAAAAACAAAAUGUGGUAUGUGUAUAUACAUGUACCUAUACAUAUAUGUGUAAUUGAAUAUUAAUCACCUAUACAAGUGAAGUAUCGAUAUACAUUAUAACAUGAAUAAGCCUCAAAAACAGUACACUGAGUGAAAGAAGCCAGACACAAGAGAUCACAUAUUGUAUUUCUGUUUAUAUGAAAUGUGAAGAAUAGGUAAAUCUAUAGAGACAUAAAGCAAAUUGGUGGUUACCAGGACCUGGGGGGAAGGGGAAAUUGAGACUGAAUGAUUAAUGGAUAUGUAGUUUUCUUUUAGAAUGAUGAAAAUGUUUUGGAACUAGGUAGAGGUGGUGGUUGCAUAACAUUGUCAAUGGAGUAAGUGGUCACUGAAUUGUAUACUUUGA